AUGUGGGAAACACGAUACAUUCUGCUGGUUUGGCUGUCAAUUGUUUGUCUAAUUCCUUUUGACCUGAAGCGGCUGGAUAGCAACUUACGACAAGGAGAUGGACAUUUCAAGGCUAGAAUCAUGGACAGGAUCAUGGCCGUCUGCAAGACCUACCUGCUGGUACCAGACAAGAGCAGGGAUGCAACAGCUUAUCUAACAUCCAAGUUUCUCAUCAGACAUGAUGUAAAACAGGAACUCCUACCCCAGGCCUUGGAGUGGAUGUUGCAGGUUCUGAAAGAUGCAGAUUAUACAACAGGCAUUGGCUGCACUCAUAUGUGUGGUGUUUUGGCAGCCCUAGCUUUGUUGUUCAAGCAUGGCAAGAGAGAAGACUUACUGCAGUAUGCUCCGGUUGUCUUAAGGGUCACCUUGGAUGCCAAGUUGGAAGAGUGUGAUAGCUGUGUAAUUCGGAAAUUGGUGGGCAAACUGAUUCAGCGUUUGGGUCUUACUUUUCUCAAAUUCAGAGUUGCAGCUUGGAGAUACCAGAGAGGUAGUCGGUCACUUGUAGUCAAUCUAGGAGCUGGUGCGGCAUCUGUAACAUUGGGAGCUGGAAGCAAUACUAUACAAGCAGUAGACGAAGAUGAUGAGAUUGAAGUUCCUGACGAGAUUGAGGAAAUAAUUGAACAUAUGCUGGUUUACCUCAAAGAUAAAGAAACAAUUGUAAGGUGGACUUCUGCCAAAGGUAUUGGGAGAGUAACCGGUCAGCUGCCCAGGGAGCUUGCUGAUGACGUUGUGGGUUCGGUUCUGGAACUGUUCAGUUACCAGGAAUCUGAUGGUGCUUGGCAUGGAGGAUGUUUAGCUUUAGCGGAACUUGGCCGUAGGGGAUUACUGCUGCCAGAGCGAUUAAAAGAUGUGGUUCCUGUGAUAGUGAAGGCUUUGUCUUAUGAUGAAAAGAGAGGCAAUUUUUCUGUUGGAGCUCAUGUCAGGGAUGCAGCCUGCUAUGUUUGCUGGGCGUUUGCCAGAGCAUAUGAGCCAAAGGAGAUGGUUCCUUAUGUAGACCAGAUUGCAAGUUGUUUGAUCAUUGCUUCUGUCUUUGAUCGAGAAGUGAAUGUGAGGAGAGCUGCAGCAGCAGCAUUCCAGGAGAAUGUUGGAAGACAGGGUACAUUUCCACAUGGCAUUGAUAUUCUUACAACUGUUGAUUAUUUUGCUGUUGGGAAUCGAGCUCGAUGUUAUCUUGAAUUGAGUGUCUUUGUUGCCAACUUUAAAGAUUACACACACAGCGUGAUUGACCAUUUAGCAGAUGUCAAGAUUGCUCAUUGGGACAGCACUGUAAGAGAAUUGUCUGCUAAGGCUUUGCACCGAUUAACACCUUGUGAUCCAGAAUACAUGGCCAGUACAGUGUUGCCCAAACUACUGCCAUUGUCUGCUGGCUCUGACUUGUUCCUGCGACAUGGUGCUAUCCUGGGUAUUGCAGAAAUAAUACAUGCCCUCUACUCAAUAGCUCAGUCAAAGGAUAUGCCACUAGAAAAACUUCUCAGCAGUGAGAUCAUAGAGGGCAUCCAGUCGAUUAGUAGUAAGCUACAUGAGGAAAAGAUGUUCAAGAGACAUGGUGGAGAAUUUAUGCGUACAUCAGUGUGCUGUUUGAUAGAGAAGUGUUCACUGUCAAAGCUGCCCUUCCAUGGCAAGCCUGUCAUAGAUUUAUGGCAAUCUGUGAUUGAUGAGUGUUUGACACAUAUUGAGACAGAUAUACAGGCUGCUGCAGUAUCAGCCAUUCCAGCAUUUUUUUCUGAAUAUUACAUCAAGCCAGAUGGUUCAGUGAUCAAAGAAAAGCAAGAUGCAAUUCUGUCUACUUACCUACAUGAACUCAAGUCAUCCAAUCAGGCAACAAGGCAGGGACAUAGCCUAGCUUUAGGAGCCUUUCCCAAGGCCAUGCUGGAAGGGAAUCUAUCAAAGGUUAUGUCUGGGCUGAUAACUGUUGCUACAAUUACUGAGAGAGAUGAGAAGAUGGCUGAAGCCAGGAGGGACGCUAUUAAAGCCCUAUCCUCCGUGUGUAUGACAGUCAGUGUGGAAACCAAUGGUGAUCCUGAUCGUGUCGUCUGCAAGGACAAUGUCAAGGUCAUUUAUGAAGCUCUCCUGCAAGCCAUGAAGGACUACACACUAGACAGCAGAGGAGACAUCGGCGCCUGGACUAGGGAGGCAUCCAUGCAAGCUUUGCAUGACAUUUCUAGUCUUAUUGUCAAGGUUGAUAGCUCUCUUUUGCCACCAAACAUCUGCAAACAAGUGUUUUGUUCCUUAGUCCAACAAGCACUAGAGAAAAUUGAUAGGACUCGUUGUCUGGCAGGAAUUCUCUUUACCAAGUUGUUGUAUCACAGACCACCUUUGCCAUACAUCCCUCAUGAGCAAGAAGUUAAAGCCAUAUUGCCAGAAUCAGCAGUAUUUGGCACAAACUUCUCUGCUGAGUCAGACACAUAUCCAUUGUUCUCCAAACUGCUAGCACUGCCUGAGUAUGCUUACAGUGUCCUUCUUGGUCUUGUGGUCAGUGUGGGAGGCAUCACUGAAUCUAUUGUGAGUACUGUAUCUUGUGGUCAGUGUUGGGGGCAUCACUGA